UAAUUUAUCAAGAUGGGCAUACUGCCUUAUUUGAGUCUCCUGAUACUUUCUGUGUGUUUAUUGCAAGAAUAUGUGUCUUCAUGGGAUGACGAAGCGGAAUCAUCAAUAUUUCAUCUUAGACGUCAGAAGCUCGAUUACCCUGCAUUGAGAGAUCGAAACCAUCCAUGGGCAGUUUAUACUCAAUAUAUUGAAGAAGGCAGAGUACGAGGAGGUAUUGGCAGGCUUAGUUCAAUUUCUCUAGGCAGACCUACCAUUGUCAAGAUUAUGGAAGAUGAUGAACAGCAUAAACAUGAACCUACUAAUGCCUAUGCAAUCCAUCCUUUUCUGGCCGUAGCGUCUGCUUCAUGUUUUGAAAGAUUAAAUGAAUACAACCUUCAUAAAUUCAGAGUUGAAUCCCGUGGGCUUAAUGGUUGUAGCAUUUCAAGCUUUAUAAAACAUGUUGAAAGGAACGCGACACACGGUCUCGCUUUGAUUGAAACUAAACUACCCAUCGUGUUAUUCGGGCCUCAAGACAAUGGUUUUUACAGGAAUUUGAGACCUUCCGAUGCCGCUGUUGAGUGGGUUGAUGAACAGGCUUUUAAGGUAAUAUUGGAGAGAUUACGUUGACAUUGUUCAGUAAAGCUUUUAUGUAUGUUUUAUCAUCUUUCCUGCUUAU